AGUUAUAGAGCUAUGACAUAUCAUUUUAUGAGAGGACUUACAACAAUUAGUACCAUUAUUUCAAACACAACUGAAAAUAUUUGGAAUGUACUACAACCAAAGUAUUUGGAUUCGCCAUUACAAGAAAAAUGGUUACAAAUUUCUGACAGAUUUUUUGAGCUAUGGAAUAUCCCGAAUUGUGUGGGCACUAUUGACGGUAAACAUUUUCGAAUAAAAUGUUUACCGAACACAGGAUCAACAUAUUUCAAUUAUAAAGGGUAUAUUUUUAUUGUGCUCAUGGCUUGUGUCGAUGCCGAUGGAUUAUUUACGACGAUAGAUGUUGGUGAAGUUGGAAGAAAUAGUGAUGGUGCUGUAUUUCGAACUUCAAAUCUUGGACGUGCUUUAAAUUUAGACAUAUUACAAUUACCUCCUCCUAGACCUUUACCUUCAAGUAAUAAUGAAAAUAAUUUUCCAUUUUAUUUUGUCGCCGAUGAAGCUUUCCCUCUCACUAAAUAUUUAAUGAGACCUUAUCCAAAACGAAGUUUGGAUAAUAAAAAAAGGGUGUUUAAUUAUAGACUUUCUAGAGGCCGCAAAAGCGUCAAGUGUGCUUUUGGUAUGUUGGUAUCCAAGUUUCGUUUAUUUGAAGGGCCAAUUUGUUGCAAGGAAGAAACUAUAAAUAAUAUUAUAAAAGCUGCCUGUGUCCUACAUAAUUAUAUUCGUAUCAAACAAGGAAUAUUUUCUCAUUCUAAAAUAUUUGACACACAACAAGAAAAUCGACAAGUUCAGACUCAACAAAAUCACGAGAGACAAGUAAGAUCGUUAUCAGAGGCACAACAAAACAGAGAAAAAUUAUGUGAAUAUUUUAUGACACCCGCCGGUUCUAUUCCAUAUCAAUGGAAUACUAUAAUUUAA